AUGGAUCAAUGGCUUCUUAGGCAAACAAGACAUCUUCCCAGUAAGAGUGAGAAAGAAAGGAUUCUUACCUUUAUUAGCUUCUUGGUUUGGAACAUCUGGAAGGCGAGGUGUGCUUUUGUUUAUGAGCAUAAGCCCCUCUCUCCAAGCUAUACCAUCAGUACCACCAUCAAGCUAGUAACUGAGUUUCUUGAUGCAACUAACCACUCCCUGGUCAAUCUGAUCCAUGACACUUAUGAAUCGGAACCUCAUCCAGCUUGGAGUGCUCCCCCGGUUGAGCAUGUCAAAGUCAAUUGUGAUGCGUCUUGGCUAGCCCCAAAUUCAGCCGGACUCGGAGUAGUCAUCAGGGAUCAUACUGACUCUUUCCUUGGGGGUUCUGCUACCCAGGCCAUAUGCUCUUCAGUGGAAAUUGCAGAAUCUGAAGCAUUACUAUCUGGGGUAAAUCUUGCAGCAUCAUUGAAUUUGAAAAAGGUAAAAUUUGAAUCAGAUGCAAGGGAGGUCAUCACUAACCUGAAGAAUCCAAGGGCUCGGAGCUGGAGAUUGUUUCUGAUCAUCGAUCAAAUCCGGAAACGUUGCUCGAUGUUUGAUUACUGCACUUGGGGGUUGGGACUGGGUUCCCCGUGA